AUGGCGGAACGUGGGGAGGCUUCAACCGAGGAGAUUCGCAUUCUAGAAAUGAACGAAGAGGAACAAGGGAUGUUAAGGAAUCUGGCCGCGGCCGAAGGCGCGAAUAAAGCGGAGAUACUGAAAAAGAUUCAAGAGUACGCAGCCGAGAAGGUGGAGGCUUGGAAGAGACAGAAGGUAUAUGUAGGCAUCGUGGGUGACCCCGGAGCCGGGAAGAGCACCUUCAUUAACUCCAUCCGCGGGCUGAGUCCAACGGAUGAUGGUGCAGCAGAGGUAGGUCUUACACACACUACAACAACAACCACCGUCUAUCCCCAUCCAGAACGCCCGGAUAACCUGAUCUUCGUCGACUUUCCCGGCGUACUUCUGAAGAAAGGAACAGAAGAGGAGCGUGACUUUGACAUCCAGCAGUAUCUCGCCAAGUUUAAGGGGAAGAUGCAGCAGUGUCACGUGUUCCUGGUCUUCAGCAGCGGCCGCAUCCAGCAUAACGCCGUGCAGAUCGGGAUGAAGGCCCGGGAGAUGGGGAAGAAGGUGCUGUUCGUCAGGUCUAAGUUCGACAGUGAUUUGCCUAAUAUGCGAAAGGACAAACCCCAGUACUUCAAAGACAAGACCGAGGCCGACCUGAUGGAGGAACUCUGCCAAGACUACAUCAAGGUCCUGAAGGAGGUGGGGUGGAAGGGCGAAGUGAACCCCAGAGAUGUCUUCAUCAUCAGCGGCCACCUUGACUACGUGCUGAAGGGGUCCUGGGACAUCCCCAAGUUCAGGAAGGCGAUGAUCGGAAAUCUGAGCGCUUUGCAAAAGAUGGUCGUCAUCAGCACCUGUCGGGACUUCUCCAAGGCCACCAUCAAGGAGAGGGGAGACAUCUACAGAGAAUACGUGUGGGCCGUCGCUAUGGCAGCAACAGCAGGCACCUUUGUUCCAUUCGCUGGCGCUGCUUCUAUUCCAGGUGCCCUCGCUAUCGCGUACAACCAGUACAGGGCGGGAUUUGGCCUCAAGGACGAUGCGGUGGAACAGCUCGCCAAGAUGACCAGCAAGAGUCCGGAGGAGCUCAAGACGUUCUUAUACACUAAGGUGCUGAGCAGAGCUAAGUUAGGUCGGGGGGACGAGGCAUUGAUUGAUAUUCAAGCCAUUUGUGGGUCAUUAGGCUUGACAUCUGCCAUCGUAGUUGACCAGGUAGUAGAUCUGGUGUUCCCUGCGAUCGGCGCUGUUUUCACGGCCCCGCUUGCAUAUAGUAUAACGGUCAAAGUCCUGCGUGAACUGAUUUCGCGCUUGGAGAAGUGCGCCAGUGAGCUCUUUGAUUAUGCCUUCGAAGAAAGUGAGGUGUGA